ACCUGUGACAUAGAGAAGAUGUUUCACCAGUUUCUCGUCCCACCUGAUGAACGCAAUUACCUGAGAUUCUUAUGGUGGGAGGGUGGAGACUUGGAGAAAGAGCCUCAAGAAUAUCGCAUGGCAGUCCACCUCUUUGGUGCCACGUCUUCACCUGGGUGUGCUAAUUUCGGCCUAAAGUACCUGGCACAGCAGCACAAGGUUAACUAUCCUUCAGCCUCAGCAUUCAUUGAGAAGAACUUUUAUGUGGAUGAUGGGUUAACCAGUGUUCCCUCAACCAGUGAAGCCAAAGAACUAAUAUUGCAAGCUCAAAGAGUGUGUAAACAUGGAGGUUUACGGCUUCACAAAUUUAACUCAAAUAAGGAAGACGUUUUGAGUUGUUUAAACCCAUCAGAAAAGGCAACAACAUCAAAGCCUCUUGAUUUUAAUCUUGAAGCAACACCAGCUGGACGUGUACUCGGCAUUCAAUGGUCAACAAAGGAUGACACAUUCAGUUUCAGCAUCGACCUUAAGGAUCAACCAUUGACUCGCCGUGGUAUUCUGUCUGUUAUAGCCUCUCUAUAUGACCCUCUUGGGUUUGUCGCCCCAUUUAUUCUACAGGGAAAGUGUAUCCUACAAGAACUGUGUCGUAGAGGUACUGAAUGGGACAACGAACUUCCUGAUGACUUGCGUCCUCAAUGGGUGGAUUGUAAAAACGAUCUUCUGAAACUCAAGGAAGUAUUGAUACCAAGAUGUCAUCACCCACAUACCUUCAGUGACAUAGUCAGAACAGAGUUACACCACUUCUCUGAUGCGAGUAAUGUAGGAUAUGGUGCUUGUUCCUACCUCCACUUCAAAAAUGACAAGAGUGAAGUCCACUGCAGUCUGGUGAUGGCUAAAGCCAGGGUCUCACCUACAAAGGUCAUAAGCAUUCCCAGGUUAGAACUCUCAGCCGCUGUCAUAUCUGCCAGAAUGAGUGUCAUGCUAAAAAAUGAGCUGGAAAUGAAGAUUGACCAAGAGUUCUUCUGGACAGACUCGCAGGUCGUUUUAGCAUACAUUAACAACGAAGCCCGUAGGUUUCAUGUUUUUGUCGCAAAUCGAGUGCAGCUGAUACGAGAUGUCACAGAUCCUAGUCAGUGGUGUUACGUAAAUACAACAGAUAACCCUGCUGAUUAUGCAUCUAUAGGGCUUAAUGCGUCUGCCAUCUCUACAUCAAUGUGGUUAUCAGGACCCAAAUUCCUGUGGGAACAGGUAGUAAAUGCAACACCAUACACACCCGUGAAACUGCUUUUGGGUGAUCCUCCGUUUUGGUGGGAGGCUAAAACACUCAUCUCUCAGUCAAGAUCUAAAACAUCCUGUAAUACUUCCAAAAGGUAA